AUGAAAGAUCACUAUGCUGGAGUUGCCAUAGAUAUAGAGAUAUUAACUGCAAUACGGAUCGCUGUAUUCAACCGUGAUGGCAUUUUGCCCGAAUUCGCGAGCAGGGAGCACAGGCAGAUGGAUAGCUCGGUGCUCUCUUCGUCCCGAGCCGUCAUGGAUAGGGGCUCGGGUGAGCCAGCGUCAUCCACCGCCCGCGAGAGCGACAGGGGCGGGUAUUAUUACCGGUUCCACUGCGCUGGAGUGGCCCAACCGGAGGCGAAGCCGCAUGAUUGGCCAACAGGUGUGGCUGAGAAGAGCGACACUCGUAGUUUAGCGCGCUUUUAUUGGUGGAUCUCGGGCUGCCCCCCUGUAAUUUACCUGGAUUAUAUAAUGGCGACAGGAAAAUGA